AUGUCAGAUUCAUCGGCAUCUUUUCUUUGUCCAAUUAGUUAUGAACUCAUGAGAGAUCCAGUCAUUGAUCCUGAUGAUAAUAGUUAUGUGAAAAAUGCAAUUGAAGAUUUGAUUCAUCAAAGUGAUAUAUCACCAAUAACUCGUCAGCUUCUUUCUAUCCAUGAUGUUCGUCCAAAUCGAGCUCUUAAUAUAGCUAUUGAUGAAUAUCAUCAUUCAAUUCAAUCAGAUAUUAAAUCAAAUUCUCUUCUAAUAAAUGUACAUUCAUCUGAAAUAACAAUAUCUACAAGUUAUACAAAUGAAUUUAUUCAUAUUUCAAUUCAACCUCCACAAGAUGAAAGUCGUUCUUCAUGUGAUAUUUGUUGUGUUGUUGAUACUUCAGGUUCAAUGUCAGAAUCAGCUGAAAUUCAAAAUGAUAAAAAUGAACAAUAUGAUUUAUCACAGUUAGAUUUAGUUAAACAUGCUCUAAAGACAAUUAUAAAUUCUCUUCAAAGUCAAGAUCGAUUAUCAAUUGUAUCAUUUUCUGAUAAGGCUAAAAUCUUGUUUCGAUUAACAAAAAUGGAUGAUGAAGGAAAAACAAAUGCAUUGGCUGCAGUUGAAAAAUUAUCGAGCUAUGGUUCAACAAAUUUAUGGGAUGGUCUUCAAACUGGUCUUGAAAUUCUAUCGAAAGAGCAACAUUCAAUUGGAAGUAUUUCAGCUUUGUUUCUGUUGACUGAUGGUUGUCCUAAUGUAGAACCACCAGGUGGUCAUUUGAAAUCACUAAAAAAACUUAAGAAAGAAACUAAUUUUACAUGUGUUGUUAAUACUUUUGGUUUUGGUUAUAACUUGGAUAGUAAACUUCUUGAAGAUAUUUCUAUAUUUGGAAAUUGUGGCUCAUAUGCAUUUAUUCCUGAUGGAUCAUUUGUAGGAACGAUCUUUGUUAAUGCUAUUUCAACAUUGUUAACUACAGUAGCAACCAAUGUACAGUUAUUAGUUCAUAGUCAACAUCUUCCACCUACGGAUUAUACACGUUGGUAUUCAACAAAUAGUACUAGUGAAGGUACUUAUUUCCAUUUGGGUUCGAUUACAUAUGGUCAAAGCAAAGAUUUAUUGAUUCCACUUUCUCGUAAAUUUACUACUCAAUGUAAAUUCACAUUAACUUAUGGCAACACACAAAACAUAAAGAAAUCUAUCACAUUCAAUUUAACAAAUAAUCUUCAACAAGCUGAUCUUGAUCUCAUUACUCAACAUAAAUUUCGACUAGAAUUUGUUCAUUAUGUACGAACAGCAUUAGAAAAAAUGUGUGAAAUAAAAACAAAAUCAAUGUUCAAAAGUCGACAACAUAAAGCAGCAAUAAAUCAAAUUCAAAAAUUAGAAGAUAAAAUGAGAAAAUAUGCAGAUGGAAAGGAUGAAUUUAUCAAAGAUUUAUUUACAGAUUUAACUGGACAAGUAAAACAAGCUAUUGAAAAAGAAGAUUGGUUUAAUAAAUGGGGCAUACAUUUUUUACCUAGUUUAACAUGUGCUCAUCUUCUUCAAUUUUGUAAUAAUUUUAAAGAUCCCGGUAUUCAACAUUAUGGAAAUGGGAAACUUUUCUCAGAAAUACGUGAUGAAAUGGAUGAUAUAUUUUGCAGUCUACCUGCUCCAAAAUGUUCAAAAGAUGGUGCUAAAAUAAAUAUGUCAGUUUUUUAUAAUGCUGCUGGUGGAUGUUUUUAUGGAGAAUGUAAAGUACAUCUUAUGAAUGGAACAACUAAAUUGAUAAAAGAUAUUAAACCAGGUGAUCGAAUAGCACCACAUGGUGCAAUGAUUAGAUUUGUUGUUAAAACAAUAUGUCAAAAUCAAAAAGCAAAUAUGGUUAUACUUGAAAAUGAUUUGAUCAUUACUGCAUGGCAUCCAAUUCGAUAUGCUGGAGAAUGGAUUAUGCCUUGUUCACUUGUUUCAUCAGUGAAUGAAAUUUCUUGUGAAGCUAUAUAUAAUUUUGUAUUAGAUCAAGGUCACACGAUGUUAGUCAAUGAUGUUGAAUGUGUAACUUUAGGACAUGGAUUUAAAGAAGAUGUUGUUCGUCAUAGUUACUAUGGAAGUGAAAGAGUAAUUAAUGAUUUAGAAAGACUUAAUUUGGAACAAAACAAUGGAGGAUUGAUUGAAAUUACUGAAAAAAUGUUGGUACGUAGUAUAAAAAGUGGUCUUGUAAAUGGAUUACAAUCACAACAAAUAUUGGUUCAAUGA